AUGAAACAUAAAAUUGACAAUACAAAUUUUGAUUCAACAUAUACAAAUGGAUUUCAUGGACCACAACGUUUUGGUCAACGAAGUGCCAAUAUGUUUUUUGUUCGACCAGCACGUCAUAUAGCUUGUCCAAGACGAUUAAAAUAUAUACAUGAUAUCAAGGAUUCGUACAUUCCAUAUGUUGAAGAAGAUGUAAUGAAUGAAGAUAAUAUGAGAAGAAGAAAUUCACAAAAACGAAAUACUUUAUCUGAUGAAAAUGCUGGUCUAUAUAACACAGCAGAUAUUUGGAGACAAGAACUCAUGCAACUUGCUCAACAAGUGCAAACAAAUUUUGGUUUAGAAGAAAAUGCAACAGCGAAACAAACAUUGAACAACAGACGAAAAAGUCAUAGUACAAUGUCAUGUUACAGUAGUGUCGAUGAUGGACAUAAAUUACGAAAACAACGUCUGUUAGGAAAACGACAGAGUAGUCGACAGAGUAGUCAACAAAGUAAUAAUAGUUUGACAAGAGUUCGAACAAGUAUCGAUCGGGAAUCAUUCAAAGGGGAGAGUGUUCAAGAAGAAAAUCAUGAUGCUGGAAUCUGGUUGUUGCCAUUGUUAUGUUACGUUUUACAAACAGACAAUAUAACAGAUGCUCAAAACUGGCUUGUCAGUGCAAAUAAUACAGAAAAACGUUUAGCAAUGGAAUUAAUUAAACGAACAAUGCAGGAUCUAAAUCAGGAAAAUACAACAAAUGACGAAACAACAAAAGCUUCACAAAUGGCAUACAUCUCAGACUUAUUCAACGUUUAUUGGCCCUAUAAAAUCCUCCAACGAAAAGAGCGUGAACGACUCUCGUCAGUACCACCAUCACCACUACCACCACCACCAACAACAACAAAACAACGAUCCAAAAGUGGACUCUCACUGCCAUCGCUCAAUCUUCAAAAUGAUGUUCCAACUACAAGUACAUUAUUAGAUACUUGUGAACGAGCAACAAGUCCUGUUCGUCUUGUAACACCUAAAUAUCAAACUGUUGAACGUACGCCACCAACCAUCGUUCCAUCAAACAGCCCACGAACCCAAUCCAGAAAAGUUGAGGAAAUUAUGUUUCCUGUUGCGGAAACUACAACACAUUGUCAAAGUCAACAGACUGAUCGUUCAGUAACAGAGAGACCACCAACAAAUCGUUCAGUAACAGAGAGACCACCAACAAAUCGUUCAGUAACAGAGAGACCACCAACAAAUCGUUCAUAUACACAUUUACGACGAGUUGCAACAAGCAUGGGCGGCGACAGAAUCGAUGGAAAUACACCGUUAAAUCGAGGCAAGACACCAUUAAUCUAA